AUGCGCAGCCUCGGCCUCUUCUUAGCUUGCGGCGCAACUUCGAGCCUCGCUGCGUCGCUCCACUAUACCCCGACUGGAGGAUUGGAUACCAGUGGCUCUUUACCUGUAUAUGAGCUUCUGAGUGACUUUGACUAUCAGUGUCUCAACCUCGCGAUUUAUCAAGAAUUGAUAGAACUGGACUUGUUCCACAAUGGUCUCGCGAGGUACUCGGACCAAGAUUUCGAGGACGAUGGUCUCACUGCUGAGGAUCAAGCCUUGAUUGAAAUCAUGGCUGACCAGGAAGUUGGAUAUGCCACAAUCAUUUCCAACAUGUUGGGCCCUCUCCUUUCACAGGUCACUCGAUUCGGCGAAGCUGGCACAUAUAAUUUACUGGAGCGCCUAAACUCUCGUGCCGCGACGCAGCUUGCGCUUGAAGCGACUACCACGGAAGUUCGACAGCAGAUGGUUCUCCGACAUUUUGAGGGUGUGUUCCCCAUGCCGGACAACCGGGCGCAGUGGCAGAACUUCCCUGCUUUGAACAUCUCGAAUAAUCCCAACGUCUCCGAGGUGACCGGCUGGGCAAUGCCUGCUAUCACUCAGAACCAUAGCGCAUGUAUGGCGCGAAAGUCCGUUGGACCGAUCAACUCCUACAUCACUGCUACGACUGCGGGCGAGCCCAAGUAUGUUGCCUGGAUCAUGCACGGUAACAGCGGUCAGACCAUGCAGCCCGGAGGCAUGAUCUACGGGGACCAUUCGUUCCCGACGUACCCGACGUACAAUGGCACAUUGUUUGUUGUGGUGACGGAUGACGACCCGGCUGUGACGCCUGCAAAUAUCAGUUACUCGAAUCAGCAUGUUGUGGCUGGUCCUGCAGCAUACUACGCUGGCUGA